AUGUUGGCUUCUGCCGUCCGGCGCCUCGCCGGCUCCAGCGCCCUGCUGGCCCGGCCCUUCUCCGCGGUCCCUGCCGAGCGCUACGUGGAGGAGCUCUUCGUGGGCACGGACGCGAAGUCCACCAUCAUCGUGCAGCCCCGCGAGCGCACGUACGGCCCGCACGAGACGCUCGACCCGAAGGAGGUGUGCGGCGCGGACCGCGAGGCCGAGAGCAUGCACGUCGACCACGUCGCCGUCGUCAGGAGGCCCUUCCUCUGCGACGGCGAAACGCCGCCCUCCCUGUACUCUGCAAUGCGGCAGGUCAAGCCGGGCCACAUGGCAGUUGACUCGGCAGUGUGCCGCCCGGAGAACCAGAUCUGCCUGGACGUGUACGAGCGCACCGCGGCGGGCCGCUUCUCGCUCAUCGACGCCGCGCGCCCCCUGUUCAGCUACUUCAAGGAGCGCGGCAUCCAGACGCACCUGACGCCGAACGUGGCGGACUUCAAGGCCCCCACGCACGACGCGCGGCAGUCCACGAACCACGUGCUGAUGAUGUCGCCGACGGCCUUCACGUUCAACGCGGAGGCCGCGGAAGACAACUCGUUCAUGCACGACAAGGUGGGCGGGCAGCUGUGCACGAUCGAGGUGCGCGGGAAGGUGCUGCGGGAGUACGCGAACUACAUCCACGAGCUGACGCACAACGCCGGCGUGGACGUGCACCUGUUCGAGUACUCGACGGGCAUGAACACGCCGGACGCCGUGUUCCCGAACAACUGGUUCUCGACGCACGCCGCGGAGGAGGCAGGGGGGUCCACCAAGGAGCGCACCUUGGUGCUGUACCCGAUGAAGUGUCCGAACAGGCAGGCGGAGCGUCGCAAGGACGUGAUCGACCACCUGCUGCACGUGGGCAAGUACACGCACGUCCUGGACCUCAGCGGCGAGCACGCCCACCACCGGUACUUCGAGGGCACGGGGUCGCUCGUUCUGGACCGGCCGCGCGGGGUGGCGUACGUGGCUAUCUCCGAGCGGUCGCACGAAGACAUUGCCAGGAGGUGGGCGGCGCAGCUCGGCUACCACGACGUGGUGUUGUUCCACAGCACGGACCAGGACGGCAACCCGGUGUACCACACCAACGUGAUGAUGGCCGUGGGCACCGGCGUGGCGGUCGUGUGCUCGGAGAGCGUCGCCGACACCGCCGAGCGCGAGAACCUGCUCAACCACCUGGGCCGCCACCACGAGAUCGUGGACAUCACGCGGGAGCAGAUGAACCACCUGUGCGGCAACGUGCUGGAGCUCAGGAACCGCGACGACCUGCCCAUCAUGGCCAUGUCCACCCAGGCGUACAACGCCUUCACGGAAGAGCAGCGCGCUGCCAUCCUGCGGCACACCGCCGCCAUCCACCACUCGCCCGUGGACACGCUCGAGUGGAUUGGCGGGGGCGGUGUCCGCUGCACCCUCGGCGAGAUCAUGAUGCCCUAG